AUGCGAAGGCCGCCGCUUCUCACAGCUGAAAUAUCACGAAUCUCGAUGGAUGACGUGAACUUGACAGUGACUCAACGAACCACGAAUGUGAAUCGUAUGGCACGAACACUCUUCCUUACCCCUGGCAUCGAUCACUCCACCACUUCCAACGCCCUCAUCGAGCCCUUUGAGCGCUCGUACUUUUGACGCGAUAAGCACCGCGCCCGCUGUGUCCAAUGAUUCUUUAGUCUUCCGGUAUCGGUAAGUGGCGUUUUGAAAGUAGAGAAGAUGCGCAGUGCGCUGACUUUGUCAGGCGUGUGCCGAUUGGAUACUUUCUCCUCGACCCAGGUGCAAGCCAGCUCGACUCUCGUAGUUGCAAUCUCCAAUCACCUCCGCCGCGCAAGUCUGUUGCGGGAGCAUGGGACGAGGUGGUCUGCCCCGGUUACUGCUCCACUCGCGACGUGCAAUUCAGGCUAGGCGCAGAGUGA